UAUGUCAACACAUUAUCAAUAGUUUCAAUACAUUCACAAUAUUUAUCUUUUUUUAAACCAAUUUUUACAUUGGAUUUAAUUUUAAUGAAUAUUACUAUUAAUUCAAUGAAUCGUUUGAUUACUGUUGACAGCAAUCAAUGGUUAAGUGAUUUGUCAGAUGAAGACACCAUUGACACCACAUUUGAUGACUCGGUUUACAUCUUGAGUUUGAAUAAAAUUAUGGACAACACUGACAACACAACUUCAAAGUUGAACUCAUUGUUUAAUGAUCUUAAUUUGGACACCGAUUGCGAGUCCAUCAAUACAGAGGUAACGGAUCAAGUCUGGCAAAUGUCGGAUAUCACCGACACGUGUUCCGGCUUUAGUGAUGUGACCAUCGAUGACAGUAACUCACAAACAAUGGAUGACUCGAAGAAUGGCUUUGAUAUCAAUGUAUUAAAUGAAUAUUGUUUUAUUCAUUUAAUGUCUUUUAUGUGUUUCAAAGAUCUGAUGACAUUGAGAUCUGCUAACAAAUAUAUGAAGUCAUUGGUUGAAAACUAUUUGAAAUGCAAACGUAAACUCAAAUUCAUCAACAGUUUCGCCAAACAGAACAUCAAUAUCGAGACAACCAAAGCAUUGGCCACCGAUUUGGUUGUUUCGACCAACGACUCGAAAACGGAUCAAAUAUUGACUUUAAUGACACAAUUGUGUCCUAAUUUAGAUUCACUUGAAAUGAUUUACAUAACAAUUGAUGAACCGAUUGUUGAGGUUUUGACAAAAAAUUUUUAUGAUGUCAAACAACUAUCAUUUGCUCAUCCAUUAGGUCUGACUGAAGACAAUAUUGAACUGAUUGUCAACUAUUUUGGAGCCCAACUCAUUGGCUUAACUUUGACCGACUGUGAUAUCAGUGAGGACUGUCUUUAUACUGUAAUCAAUGUGUGUCCAAACUUGCAAUCGUUGGAUAUAUCGGGAAAUGUGGACAUAACUGGCGAUUGUUUUGAAUAUCUUAAUAGUAAUUUAUUAGUUCUUCGAUUAUCACAAUGCGAUUCAAUACAAGAAUAUGGUCUCAAAGCUCUAGUGUCCAGUGAUUGCAGACAAUCAUUGGUAGAAUUAGUCAUCAGCGGAAUGAUUAGUGAUUAUAUGAUUAAACUAAUCUGCGAAUCGUUGCUAAAUCUUCGUUCAUUUCAAUGUGUCUACGGCUGUACCCGUGAAUUGGACAGUAAAACUGACCACUUGAGUAUUAUCGGUAAUCUUUCGCGACUUGAAUGGCUUUCAUUACAAGAAAUUGACGCAUAUUUUGGAUCACUGGAUGAUAAAUGUCUAUAUAAUAUACUGAGUUGUUGUAAUCGAUUAAAAUAUUUAGAGCUUCAUAUCGGAAGUGGUGAACCACUUCUGGUCACUGACCAGUCGUUAUCAAUGAUUGCCAACUAUUGUCCAGAAAUUGAAUGCUUAAAAAUCUAUUACUUCGAGGCCUUAACUGACCGAACGUUAAAUAGUUUUUCAAAAUUAAAACAUUUAAGAGAAUUAGAAUUAAUUAAUUUAUAUAAUAUUACUGAUGAUGGCAUCACAAUAAUUACCGAACAAUGCACACGACUGACCAAAUUGUGGAUCAGCUUUGAUGGCAAUUGUGAUUCAAUAACAAAUAUUACAUUAAGCGCAUGCAUUUCAAUGUGCAAAAAUCGACCGAAAAGUCUAAUUGAAGUCAAUUUUUUCGAGACUUGUAUAACAGUGCCAUUCAAUGUGAAAAUACCGUCAAAUAUGAGAUUACGGGUCAGUUGGUAUCGGCCAACACCUGAGGGUCGACGCUAUACUGAAAUCAGAUUACCCAACGAUAGACAUUCAGUUACUAUUUAAAGUCAUUGUUUUGUGCAAU